UCCCUUCUUUCGGGUUGCGCGGGCGGCGGGCGGCUCCUCCCCGCGUGGCCGCCUAGUCGCUGCUCUUCUCGUAGGUUGCGGCGCAGUCCGCUCGCUGCUCUGCCGAGGUGGAGGAGCUGGCUUGGGAUGGACCCGGCGGCGCUUCUGGGCUCUGCCCCCCUGCUGCUCCUGGGCAUUGCCAUUUUCAACUCUGUGACUGGCAAUGGAAAUGCAACAACUGAAGACGAAACCAAGAGGCUCUCCUGCACCUACCCCAAUGGAAACUGUACAGAUGGCACCACAGAACUGAGGUACGGAGGUCAUUUUUCUAAGUGCCCCGAGGAGUACAAGCACUACUGUAUCAAGGGAAGAUGCCAUUACGUUGCAGUGGAACAGACUCCAGCAUGCGUCUGUGAGAAAGGUUACACUGGUGCACGAUGUGAGAGGUUGGACCUGUUUUACUUGAGAGGAGAUGAAGGUCAAGUUGUGGUGAUUUCUUUGAUAGCUGUUAUGGUGCUGCUUAUUCUCCUGAUUGCAUGUAUAUGCACUUCCACUCAUUACUGUCAAAAAAGACAUAGGAAGAAGAAAGGGAAAGAAACAAGAACAUUUGAUAAGGGGCUGGCUCUUAAAACUGAAGAUAUUCUAGAAACAGACAUCGCAUGAACGUUGUCAAAGGUACUUGCAGGCAAGUUCCAAACUCUCCAGUACCCUUUCUUUAUGAAAUUUGUGAGGGCUAGUGACUUGAAAAGAAAUGUGGAUCAGUGAAUGCAGGUGGAAUGUUUACUGUACUUUUGUAACUUUAUUCUGCGAAACAAAUCAGAAAGAACUGCAAAGCCAGGAAUUUUCAGAAGUGCCUAAUGGAUUUUCACAGUGCAGCCCUUCAUAUUCCCUUAAAUGCUUCAAUAGCCCCUCUUGAGUUUGCCAGGUUGAAAGAGGAACAGGUGUUCUGUUUGUAAUUAAUACGAGUAGAUUCAGUAUCAACUAUUUUUAUGUACAGCAAAAUCAGUGAACUAAAGAAUGCCUUCGGGAGUGAACGUGAAGGACAAUUAUGUCUGGAUUUUGUACUUAUACAAACAACUAUAACUUUAAUUGAUGAUAAAAUGUGUUUCUGUUUAUAUGUGGAAAUUAUUAUUUCUUUGGGCUGUUUCCAGUACAGCUGACCUCUUAUGCUUUACUUUGACAUAAUCUUGAUGGAGACAGAUACAUUAUAACUAUAGUAAUGAGGUUUUAGAAAAGAUUCAUUUCUGUGUAUGUUUUCUGUUAGUUAUUUGAAAAAUGCAAACAGUAGGAUAGGCAGAUGAUUUUUUGUUGGUUCCUUAUGCUUCCAUUGAAUCAGAGCAAUGCUUAACAGCAAAGGUCCUGUACACUUUUAAUGCUGGCAGAUGUAUGCCGUAAUAAAACUUGAAGGACUUUUUGUUGUCAGAUAUCAAAGCAGAACAGUUUAUUGUGACACACCUCAGCAUUGUAUUUAGGAGCUUUCUACAUGAUCAAUCAAAAUGUGCCUCAUUUACUUGGCAGCUUCUGUACUGCACCCCUUCAGGUACUAUAAGUGGUGCUAACAUUGUGUCCCAACACAACUUGCUGAGGUGCAGCCACACUGAUAUUCACCCCUUCUUCUUGUGAGCUGUGUAGAAGUUGGCUCAAGUGCAGGAGAAGGCAAGACCUUCAAAGAAAGUUUUGUUUUGUGUUUUUUAAAAUUGUUCAGAAUGGCAGGAUACUCUAGGGGAGGAUGGGUAACCUUGCUGCUGUUAAUAUUUAAAGUGUUUUUGGCUAGGUGAAGUUUCUGAUGGUAGAGAUGUACAGAGAGGGCUGAAUAUCCUCGAAAAAAUCUAAUAUUUUUUUCAGGCAUGGGAAGGAGAGUUUGUGUUCCGGGGAGGGUUAGCUUUUAUAACUAAUAUGCCUCCUACCCUGCACUAGUAUUGUUAUCGCUCCUGUAUCGCUGCACUGUUCAUAUAUUGUAUUAUUGUAUUUUACUGUAUGGUGUUUUUAACCUUGCAUGUACGUUGCCUAGAGUGGCCAUCGGCCAGAUAGGCGACACAUAAAUUAAAAUGUAUUAUUAUUAUAAUUAUUAUUAUAAACAGCAGUCUGUGAUA